GCUGCCAACAUCCAUCAAGAGCUAAUCUACGUUGGGAAAAACAACCUAAAAGAAAAAGUUCGAAUAAACAAAGUCAUGAUCGUGGAUGAGAAAUUGGGGGCUGUUAUUGAGCUGGGCUAUGUCUCAUUCUUCUGGGCAACGCUAAACAGCACGUGGCACUCCAAAUUGCAGUUAAAGGCCGGGGACUCAGAGAAUGACCCGAUAGUGCAGGAGUUUAAGACCAUCCUCAGCACUGUUGAGAUGACUAGAGCAAAAGGGGACAUUUUUCUGCAGGCAAUGUUGGAAUAUUAUAACUGGAUAAGGGAAGUUGGGGAGCUUGGUUUUGUGCGUACAAUUGAUAAGUAUCUUCGUGAGAAGCUCCACCCUACCCACCACUAUACCCGCCUGAUACUGCCUUCAUUGACCGGAGACGAUGUCCCAGAGAGGGUGGUGUGUGCAGAAUGUCGCUGUCCCAUGGAGAAGUUCAUCAUGUAUCGCUGCCGUGUUGAUUGA